CCUAUGACCUGUGUUUCCAUUCUUACAUCUUCUCUUUCUUACUCUGAUCAGCCUGUUUCCCUUUUCUAAGGACCCCGGUGAUUACAUUGGAUCCACCAGUUAAACCAGAAUAAUCUCCACAUCUCAAACCUUUUUGUCAGUAUAUUGCACAACCAGUACGUCAUCUUGAAUGGAUUUAGAGGUUAAAGGAAUUGCCGCUGCUCCUAGGAGUCAAACUCAGUCAUUCUCUGGAAGAAAGAAGCCGCUACAACAAGGAUGGACUUCCAAACCAUGGGCAAUCCAAAAUCCUUGCCUUCCUGUGGUCCCACCACUUGAUUUGGGAAGCCUUGUUGACUCUGAUGAUGAGGAUGAUUUUUCACAUAUUCCACUUAGUACAGCGCAUAUUCAUUCUGACCCACCAAAUUUAUCUUCUGCUCUUGAUUGGGUCAUACCGUGUCAAAGAGCAUAUACUCAGCAGCAUCUAAGUGAACUGGAACAGGACAUUAUACCUGAAGAUUUACCAGCACCAACAGGCAAAUAUAAACUAAAAUAUCAGCAAUACAAAACUGAAAUGGAAGAGGGAUAUAAACAGUAUAGUCAGAGAAAUGCAGAAAAGGCAAAAUCAAAUAUCACACAUCAACUGUCUCUAAGAAACAAGAUAGAUGACAAGUGUGUCCAAUGGGAAGAAGCAGUCACAGCUGACCUUACAACUCUGGAUAGGAAAGCCCUCUUACAGCAGCGUUAUGCGGACAACCCUCACCAUGCACAGCACAGCACAAGAAAAUCUAAUGCCGAAACUGUGGCUGCUGAGAAGAAGAAACAGACUGUUGCAGAGCAAGUGAUGAUAGACCACCUGUGUAGGGCUGUAAUCAGUGAUCCAGAACAAAAUUUAACCACUGAGAAGAAAGAAGGUGUUUGUAUCCUUCCAGAUUCUAACAUAGCCCCUCUUCGAUGUAGGAAGAGAACACUACAUGAAACAAAGAUAAGAACGCAUUCUACAUUAACCGAAAACAUGCUUUCUCACAAAGUGCAAUUUGAUGGUAGGAUCAUAUCAAGAAAUGGACGUGAUGCUUGCAGAGAGCUGGUUGGGUUCUUUUUCCUUCAUGACCAGUCCCUUACCAUUUAUGAAUAUCGGCAAUUUGGGAAAAAUAGAACAAAUGUGCUUCCUUUUAUUCAAAAAAAAAUUUAUAGUCAUCAGCGUGGACGAAGAAAAGGAAAGCAAUACCAACUUGGCGAUUUUUAUAUCGGUGCAAACUUGACAUUUUUAAGUUCUGAUCAUCCCAGACUCCCAAAAAGCAUAAAAGAAAACACAUUACUUAUACUUCGAAUCACAAAUAUUGAUCAGAUAGCUUUGGAUUCUCUCAGAACUGAUUCUGUGGAACAUGAGGAUGAUAUAACCAGACAAGAAGCCGAUGACAGCCUGGUCUUCAAAGCCAUUCAAGAUGAGCUAAAAGGACAGCUGCAUAAAAGAGGCGUUCGUAUUUUGACUGGAUUGGGAAAAUACUUUCGACAAUUGGACAAGGAAGGAAAUGGACUUUUAGAUAAAGCAGAUUUUAAGCAAGCUCUAAAAGUCUUUCACUUAGAAGUGUCCGAAAAGGAUUUUGAGUCUUCAUGGCUAAUUCUGAAUGACAAUGGCAGUGGCAGAGUUGACUAUGGAGACUUCAGACGUGCCAUUAUUGGUGAAAUGAAUGAAUACAGGAAAUCAUUUGUUCGAAAGGCCUUUAUGAAACUGGAUUUCAACAAAACUGGCAGUGUGCCUAUUAUAGACAUAAGAAAAUGUUACUGUGCAAAGAAGCAUCCUCAAGUAAUUUCAGGCCAUUCCACAGAGGAAGAAAUCAAAUUGUCUUUUCUGGAGACAUUACAAGGUGCCUGCAGCAAGUCUGAGGAAGUGUCCUAUGGAGAAUUUGAAGAUUACUAUGAAGGUAUAAGUAUAGGAGUAGUGGAUGAUGAAGAUUUUGUUACUAUUUUACGUACUCCAUGGGGGAUUUAGAUUUUUUAAAUUAGCCCUAAGCGUUUUAAAGGAGAGACGAAUUAAAUGUAAAGUAACAUCAAACACUGGAAUAUAUUUUUCCUAGAGCUCUAUUCUCUUUUUUCUCAAAAAAAUUGAGUCUGGAGAGAGAAAUAUUCAGAAAGACAGGUGUAGGGGUAUUUGUAUGUUCACGUGCAGGUCUGAGUGCUCACCUGUUUAUAAGUUCGAAAGGGCCUAUGGUUUUCACUUCCUACUUAACUUGAAUAUUUUUCAGAGGUCUUUUUCUUAUUAGCCUUCGUAAGAAAGUAACAUCUGUAUCAAACCGUAGGAGAUCAUCCGUGUAGUAACCAAGUUUUUUGUCUAUUUUGUUUUGUUAUUGAUAUCCCCCCCAAAAAUUGCUGCCAUUCCCAAUUUGAUAAAUUGGAAUUGGGCUCAAAGCUUGUCAGACUGAAAUUGUUCAACUCGUUUCAAACAUAUAAAAUGUUAAAGGGAUCAAGGGAUAUGCAAAAUAAAUUUUCCAUGCAGUGUGAUUAUGGAUGUUUUCUGUAACAUAAAUAUUUUGAAUGUUGGAGGUCUACUCCUAAAAUGCUUAUUUAAACACAGACUUGUGAAUUCUUGUCUUCUACAUUAUGUGCUGUUGUUUGUCCAAUAGAGCACAAUGUAAUUAUUUUAGUGACCAGCUCUAUUCCCCACUUUAGUCCUUGCAACCUGCACAGAAUUAUUAUUUAGAAACAAUACAAAAUGGGGGGUGGGUGGCCUUUUUUUAAGAUUAUUAAGUAAGCAUCUUAAAAAGUGCAUUGUUACAUAUAUGGACUGACAGAUAAGUUAGUAAUUCUUAACCAAAAUGUAAAAAGAUAUUUUGUGUCCCUAAGAUGAACUUAAGUUAUUCUAAACAUCUUUAUUUUUGGUAUAUAAACAACUGAAACAUUUUCUUCGAAAUAGAUAUUAUUUAAUGGUUAGACAUGUUGUAAUCAUUCUUUCUAAAUUCUUCUACGUUCUUCACUUCUCUUUGGAGAUAGAAAGAAGAAAGAACUUUUUAUAGAGUUGUUUCCAAGUUCAUAAUUUAAAAUGUUAUAUGUUGAUAUAAAUUAGAAAAAAAAUAGUGUUGAGUAAAAUAAGUGGUUAAAAAAAUGAAAAUAUAUACUUUGUAGAAUACAACUUUUGGCAUAUAAUUUUAUUCAUCUAUACCCUUGGCAACAUUUUAAAAAGUGUGAUGGGUGUGAACUAAAUAGACUCAAAGUAGUACCUUUACAAGAUUUGAGGAGGUACCAAAACUCACUGCUAAACUAUCAGAAAAAAAAUAUGUAUAAUCAUUUUGGUUCUGUUUUCACUAGCAAAGUUCUUUAUUCUUUGGAAUUUUUUCAAUUCGGUUAUUGUAAUUAAAAUAAUGUGCUGGAACACUUUUUGGCUGAUAGAAGUCUUUGACACUGUUUCUGAGUCACAUUCUUUUACUUGGAAAAAUGUAUCCAACUAUAGUCAUCUUAAACCCUAUAAAUUGCUCUCAUGUUAAAAUGACUCAUGAUACUGUGGGUGCUCAGUGUGCAUGUAGUAUUUUUUUAUUGAUAAAAUUGUAUUUAGUUCUCCCUAACAAUUCUAUUUUAAUAUUGCUGUGUCAUAUUUUCCUGUGAAUAUAAUCAGAAAAUGUACAGGCUGUCAUACUGUAAAAAAAAGUGUGUGGGGGAGAUUCUUCUGGGAUUUAACAUAUUAAUGUGACAGCAUACUUUUAAAUAAACCUCCACACUCUUAAAUAUAAAUAUUCACCUAUGGUUAUCUGUGGGAAGUUUCUCUAUUUAAAAUAUGUAAGUUUUUUUUGUAGUUAAUUUCUUGAUUUACACAGUUAUUUCCAUGCAGAGUUAGAAAAUACAUAUUCAGUGUUAUUUAGUGUAUUUUGUUAAGUUGUAAUUGGUGGCACAAUAA